GUUCAGUGAAUGAGAACCAGAGACCGUCAAAUUCGUAUAACGGGGACCUGAAUGGACUGCUGGUGGCUGAUCCCAUCGUGGCUGGAGAUGGACCUUCUUUGGCCAAACCAGUGCAUCGCAGCAUUUCUCUGGGAGCCCUGCAGGAGAAGCAAGUCAUCUGCCUUUCUGGUGAUGACAGCUCUACUUGCACAGUCAUAUCAGCAAAAGAUGUGGAGAUAGUGGCCAGCAGUGACUCCAGCAUCACCAGUAAGGCCAGAGGGAGUAACAAGGUGAAAAUACAGCCUGUGGCUAGAUAUGACUGGGAGCAGAAAUACUACUAUGGCAAUCUGAUAGCUGUUUCAAACUCUUACCUGGCUUAUGCCAUCAGAGCGGCCAGUAACGGCUCCGCUAUGGUGCGAGUGUUGAGCGUCAGCACUGCUGAGCGGACCUUGCUGAAAGGAUUCACAGGCGGUGUGGCAGACCUGGCUUUUGCUCAUCUCAACUCCAGUCAGCUGGCAUGCCUGGAUGAGGCUGGCAACCUUUUUGUCUGGCGCCUCGCCAUGGAUAAAGAAAAAAUCCAAGAGGAGAUCUUGGUUAACAUCAAGCGGCCUGACAAUACCCCACUGAACACCUCUCGAAGAAUCAUCUGGUGCCCUUUCAUCCCAGAAGAUAAUGAGGAGAGUGGUGAAGAGGGAAAUCAGACGCUGGCGUUGCUGCAUGAGGACAGGGCAGAGGUGUGGGAUUUGGACAUUAUCCGAACAAACAACAGCUCCUGGCCGGUGGAAGUGCCUAGCAUCAAAGAAGGCUUCAUCGUAGUGAAAGGCCACAGCACGUGCCUGAGCGAGGGAGCACUUUCUCCAGAUGGAACUGUGUUGGCCACAGCAAGCCAUGAUGGUUUUGUCAAAUUCUGGCAGAUUUAUAUCGAGGGGCAAGACGAGCCAAGAUGUCUUCAUGAGUGGAAACCCCAUGAUGGCAGGCCUCUUUCCUGCCUGCUCUUCUGUGACAACCAUAAAAAACAAGACCCAGAGGUUCCCUUCUGGAGAUUUCUCAUCACGGGAGCAGAUCAGAACAGAGAACUGAAGAUGUGGUGCACUGUGUCUUGGACCUGCCUGCAAACCGUCCGCUUUUCUCCAGAUAUCUUCAGCUCCAUGAGUAUUCUUCCCAGCCUGAAAGUCUGCCUGGACCUCUCUGCUGAAUAUCUGAUACUGAGCGAUGUGCAGAGAAAAGUCUUGUACGUGAUGGAGCUGGUGCAGAACCAAGAGGAGGGCAAAGCUUACUUCAGCUCCAUCUCUGAGUUCCUUCUGACCCACCCAGUCCUAAGCUUUGGCAUCCAGGCAGUGAGCCGCUGCCGCUUAAGGCACACCGAAGUGCUCCCAGCAGAGGAGGAAAAUGACAGCUUGAGUGUAGAAGGUGCUCCGGGAGCCGGGGCUGUUGAGUCGGCAGCAGGCGUGCUGAUAAAACUCUUCUGCGUGCACACCAAGGCCCUACAAGAUGUGCAGAUUAGAUUCCAGCCUCUUCAUAGCCCUGACAUGAGUUCGUCCAUGCCUUCCCACAGCUCUCAUGAAGAAUUUGCCUUUCCAGACCACAUGGCUGAUCUAAGCACAGAAGGGCUGGGAUCCGAAAAAGGAUCGGUGCACGGCUCUCAACCAGACCUGCGGCGUAUUGCCGAUCUGCCUGUUCCAGCAGACUUCCUUUCUCUCUCAAAUGAUGCCAAACCUAAGCUGAUGACUCCAGAUGCAUUCAUGACACCAAGUACAUCCCUUCAACAGAUCGCUGUAUCUCCAGGCAGCAGCGUCAGUUCCCUGACUGCAGUCACAGCCAUGAGUAGCACUUCUGUCACGGAUGCCUCUAUGCCCAGGCCGUCAGAAGACCUGACUGUGAGCCCCAAGAUGCAGCUGGACACCAGCCUCACUCUGAGUAGCAGUAGCAGCAGUCUCCAGACUAGUCCUAGAAGCCAUUCGGUUCUUAUCCCAGGCCUCCCUGACAAGCUAACACCAAAGGCACCUGUUCCAGUUGCGCCAGGAAACCCCUCUCUAGCGCUGGAACUGCAGGAGAUGGAGCCCUUGGUGGUGCCCCAGGCUUCUCCCACCCGCGAGCGCUCUCCAGACGUCAUUUCCUCUGCUUCCACGGCCAUGUCCCAAGAUAUCCCAGAGAUUGCUUCCGAGACCUUGCAGCGCAGCUUUGCGGCAGCUCCAUCUGGGCUCCCUGCGGAGGUGCUGGAGCCCAGUCAUCACGCAGACAGUAUGGCAUCCGCUGCCUCAGCCUUGCACUUGCUGCCUCCGAGGAACCGGCACAAUUCAGAGCACAGCCACCACUCUUUGGACAUGCCUCCAGUGGAGGUGGACAGACUGAAUGCUCCAUCCUUACUGGAGACUGCUUUAACUCAGGAAAAUGCAUCUUCUGACAGUGUUGUGAGUCAGCCAUGGCCAGCAGCUCCUGACAUAACCAGAGAAACCAGGAACAGCAUGGCAGACAGCCCAAGGGAUGAGGUUGAAGAAAAGCACAAGAGCUCUUCCUAUCAUCGGCACAGCUACCACUUGCUGCAGCAUGACAGCCAGGAUGCUAGUGCAGAACAAAGUGACCAUGAUGAUGAAGUUGCAAGCUUGGCUUCUACGUCAGGUGGAUUUGGUGCCAAAGCGUCUGCGCAGAGGCUGCCUGUGAAGGACUGGAAAGCCAAGGCGUCCCCUCGUGCUUCCCCAAAGCUAAAGCGGAAGGGCAAGAAAGAUGACGGGGAUGGGAACCAGUUGCCAAGAUCAUCUAACAACCAGGUGACACCGGAGUUCCAGGACGAGCUGAUGUGCAUAUUGAGGAGCCAACAGCGGGAGCUCUCUGAGCUGCGUCAGAACCAGAUGGAGCUGCUGCAGAGGCUCACGGAUCACCUCGAUGCCAUCCAGAGCUCCCUUAUGGGUCAUGUGGAGAGGGUGAUUGACUCCCAGCAGGAACAGGAGCAGAGAAGACUAGACCGAGUGCUGACGGAAGGACAGCAGCGCAACGGGCAGCUCCAGGAGCACCUGUCUCAGCAGCUCUCUCAGUCCCUUUCCGCUGCUGUGUGUAACCGCCUGGAGAGGACUGUUCGUGAGGAGAUGAAGAAGACCGUACCCCAGUGCAUUUCCAAGAGUGUGGACCCCAUUGCUGGCCAGCUAAGCAACACUAUUGCCACCAAGCUCACUGCUGUUGAGGGGAUGCUGAAAGAGAGUAUCACCAAGCUAGUGAAAUCAAAGAACCUUACAGAUACCGUUGUGAGGGCAACGGCUGAUACGCUGCAGGGGCCGUGCCAGUCCAUGUUCCAGCAAAUCAACGACACCUUAAAGCAGGGCACGCAGGAAUACGUCCAGCAGCUUGAGACUCACUUGAAGAACAAGAAAGUACGAGAACAGGAGGCCCGGGACCUGCUGCUGAAUCAGCUUCGACAGCUCAUCAGCACCUUCCAGAGCGCCACCGAGCAGCUGGCUUCCACUGUCGCAGCCAGCGUCCACGCCGAGGUGCAGCAUCAGCUGCAUAUUAUCGUGGGCAACAUGCAGGAGUCGAUUUUGGCGCAGGUGCAGAGAGUCAUUAAAGGAGAAGUGAGCCUGGCCAUGAAGGAGCAGCAGGCCGCUGUCACCUCGAGCAUCGUCCAGGCAAUGCGCUCGGCAGCCGGGACUCCCAUCCCCGCUGCUCACUUGGAUUUCCAGUCUCAGCAAACUCACAUCCUUCAGCUGCUUCAGCAGGGACACCUCAACCAAGCUUUCCAGCAGGCUCUAACAGCAGCUGAUCUCAACCUGGUCCUGUAUGUCUGUGAGACCGUGGAUACCCAGCAAGUAUUCGGACAGCAUCCCUGCCCGCUGUCCCAGCCUGUGCUGCUCUCUCUCAUUCAGCAGCUCUCCUCAGAUUUGGGUACUCGUACGGAACUGAAGUUGAA